AGGACGCUGUGAACCGGUAGCGUCACGUCGCACGCGACACAAAUAUUGACAGACGUUCGUUGAAGAAAUUCCACUUAGGCACGCCUGGGACUUAUCGUUUGAACCGAAAUACAAGUACAAUGAUGGACAAAAUCAUUUUGACAUCCAUCGAGCCAAGCCUUCACAGUAGAGUAAUGAAACCUCCUCGCACUAGGAUGAGAGCCAUAUCGGCGAUGGUUUUUCUGGCCUUGUGCGCGAUGCUGGUUAUAAUAUACCAGGCCGUACAGCAGGAGCUCAACAUCCGCAACCUGAAAACACGCAUCGUCGUCUCCGGUCAACAGGUCAAGCUGAAGGAGGAUGGGAUCUUGGCGGCCAAGACGAAAGUGGAAGAGAUGAAUAAAAAUCUUAAUCCUCUGGUCACGCAGAGGGAUCAGCUUAAAAAACAAAAGGACGAAAUUAAGAAAGGCCAUGCAAAUUCUGAAAAGGAGCUGGGCACCUGCCAAGCUGAGAAGGGCAAAUUGGAGCAGCAGAGCAACGAUGCGAAAGGAGCACUCCAGAAACUAAAGGAAGACAAAGAAGCAGAGAUGAAGAAAUCGGAGGAGGAGAUUGAGAGUCUGAAACAUCAAAUUCUUGAGAGAGAUUUAAAGAUCUGCAAAUACGUGGAUCUCACACUUAACGAGCCAAAGAAAUUGUGCGCAGGUGUAGUUUAAAGACGUUUUGAGAACAAACCUGAAGUCCAUCGGAGCCCUCAGGGAAAAUGCUGGGAAUGGAACCGUGUUUAGCUUUUUCUUUACACCGCUCUUUUGACUUGAAUAUGCUUGCACGGUUACUCUGUGCAAAGUCUUUUUAUUUAAAUGCAUUGUCAAUUUUGUGCUUCCACUGUAUGUGCUUAUACAAAUGUAAGGCAUUGUUUGUUUGCUCAUCAUACAGUGUAACUCGACCUUGAGUGAUGUGGUUUUUUUUGUGUUACAUCAUUUCACUUGAGCAAUUAUCUACGGCUUAAACUAAAGAUUCUUUGGAGAAGUAGGUGUGUAACACCAUUGCACACAAAAAUGGCUAGACUGGAUCCGUGAGGUUGAAGGAUGGGGUGUGUCUCUGCUCUGGUUAAUGAAUAAAAAAAAUAAAAAAAGGGAGAUUAGACGAGGAAUGACAUUUUAUUGUCAGAAGACCGUACAGUUUGAACAAGCGUUAGUCUUUGCCAUGUUUGUGGCAGAUUUAAUGUAAUUAUUAGCAGUUACUAACUGCGUAUUUGUCUAGGCGCAAAAUAGUCACAUUCUCCGGUUUUGUUUAACCUGUUUAUCCACAUUCGUGCCAUUUUCAGUCAGUCUCUGAGUCACUCUUUAAGGUUUGUGAAAUUCAUCUUUUAAGUUUAUAAUUGAAGAUGUUGCUUAAUGCAGUUAAGGUUCAGCUGGGUGGGAGCCUGUGCAUAUUUGCAGUACAAACGAUGCUAUCUUCAUAGUUGCUAAUUUAACCGUGUUGUUAGGACAGGACACACAAACGUGCUCUAAUGAGAACAGGGUUUACCCACCCUUUUAAAAGAAUAUACGAAACAAUGGACUUUCCAACAGCCACAACAGAAACCUGUAAUUCCUGAAUUUUUAAAAAGAGACUUUCCCCCGAUUCAACAUGAAUUUGUGAAUAAAUAAAUAUAAUAAAUAUAUAAACAAACAUCA